AUGUGCCUCUAUGAUUGCCGAGCCCUCAGAGAGAAAAAGUAUUUCCCCGAUGGUGUGUACUGGCUACCGAUCGGAGCCGCAGUCAGGGGUACAGCAUGCAUCACAGAGAGACUGGAGACCCUAUGCAGGAGUUUAGAUGUCAAGCUCCUCAUGGCACCGUCUCUUCCUAAGACAAAAGACCAAUGGAAGAACCUGCUCAGUACACUCAUCGCACAGACAUAUCCAAGGUCCCUCCUGGUCCUCGAUGAUGUUUGGGAUCAAGACGUGAUUGGUGCAUUUGAAGUCUGCUCUACGGUUGUCGUCACAACACGAGACAAAGGUCUUCACUCAUGUGCAUUAGGUCGCAAGGAAGAAAUCGUUCUGUUUGAAGGUUUUUCUGAACCGCAGUCAUUGCAGGCUCUGUCGGAAUGGACGAUGACUUCGCCUAGCGAUCUUCCCCCACAAGCAGCUCACAUCCACCAGCUUAGCCACGGCUCCCCACUCGUCAUCUCCAUCAUCGGCAGUCUUCUUCGAGAGCAUGGACAUCGAUGGGAGUACUACGUGACGCAGCUUGAAGAGAAAAAUCUGAAGAAGUUGUCGACGGCUCGAGAUGCAAUCCAUCUCAGUGUGGAAGAGCUGCCGUCUCGCGAUGAAGUCAUGAGACUCUUCUCUUGGUUUGCAGUGUUCGAUCAAGGAACGAGGUUGUCAUCAAAGAUUCUUAGCAUGCUGGAGGGGUGUUCAACAGAAGAAAUAGAAGAUCGAAUGAAGAUACUUACUCAACGACAUCUUGCGAUCUCCGGUUGUCACUCAGACGACAAAGAUCAAAUCUUUUGGCUUCAUGAUCUGGUUUAUGAUUAUCUAGUGUCAGAGAAGGUGGCAAAUGACAAGGACGUCGGGAUGAGCAAUGAGUUCAGGUCGUUGAUGGUCUUUAAUCGCUUCCGGGCUUGCAGGAGAGAUAUGAUCCAGACUAGUCUAUGCUUACCUCAGGUCUCCGAGGUACACAGGAGAGCAAAGGCAGCUAGUGCAGCCAGAGCCUCCAAAAAUGGUUUCUAUGUGGCAGAAGUGGUUGAUAAACGUACUUUGCUUUCAAGUGUGACACAUAGCCCUGCAGGUAAAUAUGCUACGUGUGCCAAACUGUUACCAAGUGGCAAGGAAAUUCUUACGGCUGGUUAUGGCGGACAAGUGCAGAUUGUCGACAUCAUUGAGGGGAAGGCAAGGAUGCUCAUUCACGGGCACGCAGACAACGUGACGGACUUGAGCGUGAGUUCUGACGGGUCCCUCCUGGCCACCUGCUCUCCAACCAAAGGCGUCUGUAUUUGGGACUUCAGUCGUACAGAUUGCAUUCUGCCACACGUCAAGAACAUCACUUGCGAGGAUUCGGAUCUGAUAAGGUGCAGCUUUGUGGAAUGCAAUGGAGAAACUAAGCUCGUGACUGGAGAUACAUCAGGUUUCCUUAAGGUAUGGGAUUCUUCGUUCAGCUUACAGUACUCGAUCCAAGUUGGGAACACUUCUUUGAUGCAAGCUAAUAGUUCUGACACGGCACUGCUCCCUGGUUCGGCCAUCCUAGCAUGCAGUACUUGUGACAAGAAUAAAUUAGUAGCGUCGUGUGCCAAGGCUGACAAUGUUGUUAGGGUAUUCAACUUGCAAACUGGAAGUCAAAAGUUUGCGAUAGUUCACGAUGCCCAUGUACGUGAUUGUUCGUUUCUUAGCAACGGGCUAAUCGUCACACUUACCUGGUGCUUGCUCAGUGUUUACAACACUAGAGGGCGACAGUUAUCUCGUUGGACAGACAGGGAUGGUAAUGUAAACUUCUGUAAUCUAUCUUGUGCUCAGGGCAAAGAUGGUUACUACAUCGCUGUACAAGGAUCCACGGGGAGUAUAACAGUACUACAUCUAGGCAAGAUGUUUCCACUGACGAACAGAUUGACAGAAUACUAUCGAUUGAAUGUGGGCGGGGUUUAUCGUGACAUCAUCAACAUGUGGAUGGAAUGCAUCAAUGAUGGGAACGGCGCAUGCGGCAACUACUUGGUGACCAAUCAGAGUUGUGGACUCAUUUUGGUGUGGAAGUUUGAGAAGGGUUCCAGACCUCAGAUCGACGGAAGUACUUUUGGCGUCUCCUUCAAAACCGAUGGUAGCAUCCGGGCUUUGGUUGGAAAGAAUCAAAGGAAUUCUCGAAAGUGUUCGAUGCUGCAUUGCUGUGGACAAAACGUCAUUGCCAACAAAGCAAGGACAAUCUACAAAACUAAGGAGUUUGAGACAAUUGACAUGAUCGAGAUAAGCCAAGAUCAUCCCCAUGAUAUCAUAUCAUGUACAAGUAGUCAAGUCAAGGUGACCCCUUUACCCCGCUGCGUUACUCGGAAAUCCAACAGGAAAGAUGAUUCGACAACAUUGAAAGAAUUUAGCAUAGUUCCAUCUCAAGAUAAGAUCAUCUUGGCAAAACUCAUCGAUUCUCAUCAUCUCCUCACCGUCUCCAGCGGGACCCAACUUGCAGUUGAAUGCUGGUCGAGAAGUGGGUCUUCAACUGGAAGCCGUCAUAUUGCUUUCCAACAAGCAUUGUCAGCUGACUUAUCACAUGAUCAUAGAAAGCUUGCUGUAGGGUGCUCCAAUAGUACUGUGUUAGUCUUAAAACUAAAUGGUUGCAAAAUUGAUGACUGUGACCCUACCAUGCUUGAGGUCGAUGGCUUCCGGGUCACAAGAUGUGUCUUUUCACCCAAUGAUAAACUGCUGGCAGUUUCAGGCGACAGAAAAGUCACGGUGUUUGAUAUAGAGUGCCGUACCCAGUUAGCAAAGAGCAGUCACAAGACGACGAUUUCUAGUAUUAGGUUCACUCCAGAUAGCGAGAUGUUAUUCCUUGUAGUAGGUGGAUCCAUAAUGCUUUGUGAGUCCGAUACGUUGUGUAAACGAAGCAAACACACAGUCUAUGCUGAGGUGUCAGACUAUCACUUCUCAGCUGAUGGUACUAUGCUUGUCACAGCUGGAGCCGUUAAACGCUUUGAUAAAGGCUACUUAGAAUGGUGGCGAAUCGACACAAAAUCAGGGGCCAUUUCGCAGCUUCAAAAGUUCAUGAUUAACAACCGCAUCAAACGUGUCGUGUGCAAUCAGUACUUCACCGUCUUCGUGACUGUGGAUGAAGUGGACGAAAUCUACGUGCUGCAAAGAAUAGCGCCCUCUGAAGGUCAUGACAAUGGAAAUUAAUUCAGCUCUCGCAGAAGAUCGUAUGGGGGGGGGGGGGUUGAACGAAAAGCACAAUGAGGUUGUCCUACGGCGAAAGUUGCUCUGUGGUCAAUGUCCGACACCAACAAACUUUUUAACUCCAACUCAGGACAAACACUUUACCUACCAUAAGCGUAACCAUUAACUGAACAGAAAUCCUGGGUAUAGCCCUAACCCUACAUCUUUGAAGAAAUAAAGCCAGAAGCAAUAUUAUUAUCAAAGCACCGAUAGCAUUCCUGAAAUCAUUCCACCGUAUAAAAUGGGACUGAUAUUUGUAAUUUUCAAGUCUAAACCAGUACUAUAUUUUCAAUCAAAUCAUGCAUAUAGAGAGUAAAAGUACUUGUCUUCAUUACUCUGACAAACAGUGUUGUUGUUGAGACCUAUGUGGUCUUUUCCAGGAGCAAGGCCAGGAUUAAAGGGUUGAUAACAUUCAUUUAGCGUUCGGAUCUCGUUAUAGAGACUAGGACUAAGACUGAGACAUCAUAAACUCGAGAAUGAGACCGGUACCACUACAUCACUGCGGAAAUAGAGGUGUUAUGAUCUUGUGGUUCAUUCACUUUACUCUCAAUCCUAAGGUUGAGGAUUCAAAUCCCAGCUCGGCCGCAUUACCAUCCUUUGACAAGACUUUAAUACAUUUCCAGUGAUUUUCAAGUCUCCACCCAGGUUUAAUUGAAAUGCUUUCCUGGCAAUAUUAUUGAUGGGGUAAUAGCCUCAUGAAGAACAGCCUUGACUCUUAUGAAACUUUACUGGCUAAACAAAAUAUUAUUCUUAUUACAACAAAAAUUUACUUAGUAGAAUUUCAUCAUUAUUUCCAGAGAACAAGAUCUGGAAGAGUUUUAAAAAAACUGCCCUAGCCAAUAGGUAGCCUUGCAUAUGACCUUUUGACAUGAUUGUGCUGACUCUACAUUGUAUUUUUUACAUUGUAUUUUUUAUGAAGGAAAUACAGUAUCAUAUUUGAAAUUGUAUUUGAGUUGAUUUAUGAAAAUAUUUGCGAUGGUACGUGUUUGUUAGAUAUCAAUAUGUAAAAGGACAUAACUCAAGUGCAAUAUAUUAUGCAUUUAUUACUGUUCUCAGUUAUUAAUAUGAAGAAUUUCCUGUCCUGUGCAAUGAGAAUGAUGACAGUCAUACAAUGUCCCUUAGUCAAACCGACUCCAAACCAACUCCCAAACCUACUCCAAAUCGACUCUAAACCAUCUCCCAUACCGACUCCAAACUGACUCCAAAUCGACUCCAAACCGACUCCAAACCGACUCCAAAUCAAUUCCCAUCCCGACUCCAAACCGACUCUAAACCAUCUCCCAAACCUACUCCAAACCGACUCUAAACCAUCUCCCAUACCGACUCCAAAUCGACUGUAAACCGAAUCAAUGCCCAUCCCGACUCCAAACCGUUCUCAGUUAAUAAUAUGAAGAAUUUCCUGUCCUGUGCAAUGAGAAUGAUGACAGUCAUACAAUGUCCCUUAGUCAAACCGACUCCAAACCAACUCCCAAACCUACUCCAAAUCGACUCUAAACCAUCUCCCAUACCGACUCUAAACUGACUCCAAAUCGACUCCAAACCGAGUCCAAACCGACUCAAAUCAAUUCUCAUCCCGACUCCAAACCGACUCUAAACCAUCUCCCAAACCUACUCCAAACCGACUCUAAACCAUCUCCCAUACCGACUCCAAAUCGACUCUAAACCGACUCCAAAUCAAUGCCCAUCCCGACUCCAAACCGACUCCAAACCAAUUCCUAUCACGACUCCAAACCGACUCCAAACCGACCAUUCCUAGCCUUUGGGGUAAUGCUAUUUUUUUCUCGGUCUUGUGUCGGUCUCGUCGGUAUGACUGGGGUAUAAGAAAUCUAAUAGAACUUAGAUUGUUUGGUUGUCUUCUUCUUUUUUAUUUAUGCCAUAACUAUUGAUAGAUUACUGAAUGCUAUUUUUACUAUGCAAAAGACACAAACAUAUUUAGAAUAUUUAUUCAAUCUUUAUUUCAUUUUUACGAGGUCAUAAUAUUAACAUUCCAAGUCUUGCCACACUGUAACAAACAAUUUGGUUGUAGGUCUUUGUCAAAUUGCAUGUAAUGCUUAAUGCAUAAUGUGAAAUGCACUUAUCAAUUGAUGUAGAUAGAAUGAUAUAGAUGAAAUUUUAAACUAACAGUACAAUAAUAUUUAUUGCUAAAUGCAGGGACAUGGUAUCAUUUAUUCAAGUGUUAAAUCUUCCUCUAUCUUUCUUUUCAUUUUUCUAGCCUGAAUUUGUGUUGGUCGAGCACAUUUAUUUUCUUCGGUUUUAAGAUAAUACAAUUAUAAUGGAGCUUUAAUGCAAUACUAACAAUGACACCAAAGAAAACAUUCACAAUUUUAAAUUUAUUUAUAUCCUUCAGUCCGACUCAUUCCUUGUUUGUAGUAUUAUUGACUGAAAAUACAAAUGUUGGUUGGUCUUGUGUCAUUUCUUGAUCCUAUAUCUUUGUGUUUUCUUCUUGCCAUCGAAUGCUGCCACAGUACAGAUAAUCUUUUGGUGUCUUGUAAACUAAACAUGAUUGAAUAUAAUAAUAUAUAUAUAGCGAUUAUGCAGAUAGCGAACCAUUGAAAUUCGCAAUUUGUUUUACAGCUUAUAAAAGGCCAUCUUUUAAUAUAACUUAAUACAUAUAAUUCCCAAUGUACACGAGGCGUUAUUUCUAUUGCGCCACGGAAGGACAUUCAGGCAUAUUUAAUGCACAGAAUACAGAACAGUCUUGGGGCAAUCUCUAGCCACAGACGCAACCCUCAGAAGCAAGGGUAUGAUUGCCUUGGUCUCGGAUCAGUCCGAAAACUACUUUAAACUGCCGUAAAUAUCUUUACAUUUUAAACAAUGCCUUGAACCAGGACAUCUCCGUGCGCAAUCGACUUUUGUUUACUGCUUACUGUGGCAUGAUUAUUUUUAUUACCCCCAUCAUUGGAUUCAAUUGUUAAUCCGCACGUGAUAGUGCACACGCUGCGCUCCUUGGGGAGUAUUCCGGUCAGGCGCCAAUUGCAAGCGCACACAUGCUAAUCUAGCCACAUCAACGUGUGUACGUUCAAGUUCUAUUGAAGUUCUAUGUAAUUGAACAAUCAGAUGGCAACAUUUGCGGUAGUAUAAUAUUGCCCAGUGUACAUCAGGCAUGGUUUUAUUGUCUGCAAAACUGAGACGGAACUUAGAUGCAUAAAUAAAUAUCAACAAAACUGCUUUUAAUAAAAUGAAGAAAAAAAAACUACUCUGUAAUGCAUUGUUAAAUAUGGUUUUACAAGAUUACAAUUUGAACGGGCUAGUUUUAGAAAUAAGUUUGUUGGUGUAUUGUAUCAAUUUCAUGUCUCUAAAUGAGUAUCAUAAAUACAUGUAUUGCUCUGCUGUUUGAUCGAUUCGCCAAAUCAUAUUUUGGGGGAAACUAUGUUUGAUGUACUCGUAUAUUCAUUGUCGUGCCUACAUUUGUUAGCCGUUCUAUUACCAUACUCUGGGAAUUAUGUCUGUUUCAGAAGAGUCUAGUGUUAAUUAGCAGGUGGGCUAGUCCCCAAUGCAAACUCAGUAUCAGACUCAGUUUAUUGUGGUUCGACAAAUAACCAUUGUAUUUUGCAUAAUUUACCGAUAUAUUCGUGAAUCUUUCAAAUGUGAUUUGUCUAUUUUUUGUUUGUAUAAACCAGCCAACAGUAAAUUAUCUGAAGAUUGUUCUUUCAGUAUGACUUGUAAAUGUUCUAAAGAAAAGAAAUGUAAUAAAUGUGAUGUUUCGUGUCGGUCAUCAGGUCAUAAUUUUA